GCUGAUCAGUGUAGUAUCUGAUCAGUGAUGCUCACGGGUUUGACGCUUGACGCUCUGACGCUUCCAUGUAAUGACACCUUUAAGCAGGGAUAGCAAAGUAAAGUAACAAUAUAACGCAUGAAAAACGUUAGUAAUAUCGAAAAAAUCACUUGCAGUUCGAAAAAUAUGAUGACUUCACAAGUGAAUAAAAAGGAAGAAAACGUUACGAAUUGGUGGCUCUUACUGGGAUGUAUAACUAUGCUGACAUUACUCACAAGAUUCUAUAAAGUUACGGAGCCUCAGCAUGUUUGUUGGGAUGAAACUCAUUUUGGAAAAAUGGGCAAUUGGUACAUAAAUAGGACAUUCUUUUUUGAUGUACAUCCGCCUUUGGGAAAGGUAUAUAAUUUUUGUGGAAAUCUUUUAAAUGCUUAUUGCUUUGUCUGGAUAUAUAACUGGCUAUGAUGGUACAUUUGCUUUUGAAAAACCUGGAGAUAAAUUUGAAAAUGUUAAUUAUAUCGGCAUGAGAAUUUUCUGCACAUCUUUAGGUGCAAGCAUUGUUCCUUUGUCGUAUCUCAUCGUAUGGGAUCUCACUAAGUCCACUCGUGCUUCCUCGCUUGCUGCUAUUUUUAUUUUAUUUGAUGUAGGACUGCUGACAUUAAAUCAGUAUAUUCUCUUGGACCCAAUAUUGUUAUGUUUUAUGAUGUGCGCGACAUGGGGAAUGGUGCGCGUGGCGUCGCUCCGAAAUCAACCAUUUACAUGUUCUUGGUGGUUGUGGUUGUCAUUUACUGGAGCUUCGCUUGCGUGUACAAUUAGUGUGAAAUUUGUUGGGCUUUUCGUUGUUCUACUCGUGGGUCUUUAUACUGUACACGAGCUUUGGCGAGAAUUAGGGGAUCUGUCCAAUUCUAUCUCUUACGUGGGAAGACAUUUGUUAGCAAGGUGCUUUUGCCUCAUCUUAUUACCGGUUUUACUUUACAUGCUGUUUUUCUAUAUUCAUCUUUCUGUUCUGAAUAAAAGCGGAAGCGGCGAUGGGUUCUACAGUUCCGAAUUUCAGUCAUUAUUACGAGGGAAUUCGUUAUAUAAUGCCACUAUGCCGCGGCAAUUAGCCUAUGGUGCUUCGAUUACUUUAAAGAAUCAUCGCACAGGUGGUGGUUAUUUGCAUUCGCAUUGGCACUUGUACCCCGAAGGAAUUGGUGCCAGACAGCAACAGAUUACGACUUAUUCUCAUAAAGAUGAUAAUAAUUUAUGGUUAGUGAAAAAAUUUGAUUCAGAUGAAAUGCCGUCCGAAGCAAUGUUGGUCAAACAUGGCGACCUCAUUCGUCUAGAGCACGUAAUCACGAGACGAAAUUUACAUUCACACAAAGAAAUUGCACCAAUUUCGAAGAAACAUUAUCAAGUUACCGGAUACGGAGAAAACGGCACAGGCGAUGCCAAUGAUGUCUGGAAAAUAUUGAUAACUAAUGGGAAGGAUGGUGAUGUGGUAGAAACGGUAACAAGUAAAUUAAAGUUCAUACAUUAUCUUCAUCAUUGUGUAUUGACGUGUAAUGGCAAGACAUUACCAAAAUGGGGAUAUAAUCAACAAGAAGUCUCUUGCAAUCCAAAUAUGAGAGAUAAAAAUGCGUUAUGGAACAUAGAAGAUAAUCAGUAUGCUAAAUUACCAAAUGUCAGUUUCCAAGUGUACGCGCCAGGAUUUAUCGACAGAUUUCUGGAAUCACAUGCCGUAAUGUUGCAAGGAAACUCGGAUCUAAAAGUGAAAGAAGGAGAAGUAUCCUCACGACCAUGGCAAUGGCCGAUAAAUUAUAGAGGACAGUUUUUUUCUGGAAAUAACCAGAGAAUAUACCUACUUGGUAAUCCUAUUAUUUGGUGGGGGAACAUAGUUUUCCUUAUAGUGUUUAUAAUUCUUUAUGCAUAUGCUGCUGUACGUGAGCAACGAGGAUGUGUUGACGAUAUCGUUCUAGUCGAACAACGAAGCAGAAUAACUCACGCUGGCAAAUGGAUUUUUCUUGGAUGGAUUUUGCAUUAUGCGCCGUUCUGGGCGAUGAGUAGAGUACUAUAUUUUCAUCAUUAUUUCCCGGCGUUGUUGUUCAGUUCCAUGUUGACUGGGGUUACGUUGAAUCAUAUUAUCGAUAGCCUCUUAUUGUUGCUUCCUGGCAAAGUGGGAAACACAGUUUAUCAUGUUAUAUUAGGAACUGUAAUUUCCGGUACUGCAUACAGGUUACAGUUACCGGAUGUAGAUAUCUUUAUCGAAAUAUAUUCCUGGUGUAUGUUAGAAUUCUUGAAUUUCAUAAAAAUGCUCCGUUGGCAACUCAUUUGUCUUGCGCCCUGUGCUCAAGGAUCAGAAUCUCUGAGCAUCUCAAGCAGGAUAAGUGCUCUGGAAAGUGUAUCGUCUACACGUCUAAGGCAGAUACAUAGGAGGGGAAUAUGGAUAUUCCUGGCAAGUCUGUUCCUAUUCCGACCGAGCGCUUUCCCCCCAUGGAUCACGGUCGGGGAGGUGCUCCCCGUAAUGUACGCGACGUUAAACCUAUUGAUAUGGGUAAUGGGCAACCUCUCCGUGGGACUCCCUGUGGUCGCGCGCGGGGUAGAUCGCACGUCUAGGCUAUUCCCAUAUAGUGCACGCCUUUUGCGCUCUUCUCCCACCCGUGGUUCUAGGCACCGGCACCCCCAGCGGUACGCUUCAUCGAUAGCUCAGGUAACACCCCUUGGUGGAACCUUCAUCGCAGCGGGGCCUAAGUGCACAGCGGCCUUAGCCUAACGGAUCAGGGGGCGUGGACCCCCAGCGUUGCCAUAGCGGAUCACUGGCGCGCCCCCCGUUGCCGACUAUCACCGGCCACCGUGCACCCGGAUAUCCCGUUCUCCGAAUGAAUCACUGAGAAGUGUGACUCCAGUGCCUUUAAGAUUCGCGUAGUAAUCUGAUGCUUCACGACCGCGGUAUGCUCUAGCCGUAAUUGUUGGUUCAAUACUUCUGUUCGUGCUAACGAGGUUUCAUUGUUUUGUCCUGUGAUAACACCUAGGGCCCGGCGGACACCUAUCCCACCGCUGCCACUAAAUUUGUCGUGCCCUUUUCUGUCGGAUACGAAGGAAAGGAUCUUAGGACUCGGUGCUGCGGGCGCGGCAGGAUGUGUGGUGAUGGGAGUGAUUCAAAAAGAUUGUAGUCAACUAAUGUAGUAAACUAACUUUAUUAUAA